ACUUGUAAUGCUUCCUUUGCCACUCGUGACCGACUGCGCUCACACCUAGCAUGUCAUGAAGACAAAGUUCCAUGCCAGGUGUGUGGGAAGUACUUGAGAGCAGCAUAUAUGGCAGAUCAUUUGAAGAAACAUAGUGAAGGACCAAGCAAUUUCUGCACUAUCUGUAACCGAGGUUUCUCCUCUGCCUCCUACUUAAAGGUCCAUGUUAAAACCCACCACGGUGUUCCCCUUCCCCAGGUCUCCAGGCACCAGGAGUCCAUCCCGAAUGGGGGAGCAGCGUUCCACUGCGUCAGGACCUAUGGCAUCAAAGAAGGCCAGAAAUGUUCACAUUCGGACCCGAUUGAGAGUUCUGAUUCAUACGGAGACCUUUCUGACACCAGUGACCUCAAGACUCCUGAGAAACAGAGCACCAAUGGGUCCUUCUCGUGUGACAUGGCAGUCAGCAAAAACAAAAUGGAGACGGAAGGAGAGAAGAAGUACCCUUGCCCUGAGUGUGGCAGCUUUUUCAGAUCAAAGUCUUAUCUGAACAAACACAUACAGAAAGUUCACGUCAGGGCCCUUGGUGGCCCACUGGGGGACCUUGGUCCUGCUCUAGGAUCCCCCUUUUCACCCCAACAGAACAUGUCUCUCCUGGAGUCAUUUGGGUUUCAGAUCGUCCAGUCAGCAUUUGCAUCGUCCCUAGUGGAUCCAGAGGUCGACCAGCAGCCAAUGGGGCCAGAGGGGAAAUGAGAUCAGUUUGAUCUUAAAGCAAAGCAGCAGUCUGGCUAUAAUGAUAAGAUGCUGUGAAUGAAAGAGGAAAUAAUGAAAUUUGGUUCUAUAGCUGAGAAUUUUUUAUUCAUUUUAGCUUCCCCUUUUAUCUCAUGUCCUACCCCACCUUUAAACCUUCACUGGGGAGAGGAAGAAAAUGCUUCUUAGCUGAUAAAAUACAGAAGAUGGUGACCUUGAACAGAAGACAUGACCUAAAACACCAAAUGGAGCUUUAGAGGCUGCUGCUGGUGUUUAGUUUGUGAUCUCCUAGAAUAAAUGUUACCAGCACUGAUCUGAGAAUUAGACAGUUCUAGUGACCGAGGCACCUGGGGAGCUACAGCUACAGGGAGCUAUGCUUUUGUUCUCUCUCUAUUCCCCACCUUCCCUAACCUACCCCAGAAAAACAGUAAGUUUUACAACCAGACCCAUUAUUGCCCCAUUAUUGACUAUAACAGUAAGUAAAAUGCCCCAUGGUACCUACCAGGGUACAAUGCAGUUGUCCUUUUAAAAAAAAGAAAAUCUUAAAGAAGGUGCAAGAAUUUGAACCCCUUCUGCCGUUUGUGAGGCUGUGAGUGCUGUAGCAGAACUGAACUGCUGAGAAAAAUCACCAUUCAGAACAGAUUGUUUUUGUUACUUUUGACCAUUAAACU